AUGGCCUUGGCACCGCCACCUUUGGGGGUCUCACCGACCACGGUCAGCGCUGCGGGAGGGUUGUGGCCUCCGUGCCUGGAGAGAAAUCACCCGGCUGCUAAACUGGAGGCCCGAAGUUGGUGCUGGCAGACCCCGGGAUGCGUGGAGCCAGAGUUACUGCUCAGGAAGCAGCUCAGGCCUUGCAGAGCAAAGGUGCUCCCCUUCAGUCCUCUGCCUGAUAUUGUGGAUGGAAGUGACCUGAAGCAAUUUUUUGAGAACAAUUAUUCUCAAAUUUAUUUUAUAUUCUAUGAAAACUUCAUAACACUGGAAAAUAGCUUGAAACAAAAAGGGAAUAAAUCACAAAGGGAGGAGCUGGACUCCAUUCUCUUUCUUUUCGAAAAAAUAUUGCAGCUACUACCUGAGAGGAUUUUUUAUCGAUGGCAUUUUCGCAGUAUAGGGUCGAUUCUGAAGAAACUUUUGCACACUGGAAAUUCUCUCAGGAUAAGAUGUGAAGGAAUCCGACUGUUUCUUCUCUGGCUUCAAGCGCUUCAGACUAACUGUGCAGAAGAGCAGAUAUUAAUAUUUGCAUGCCUUGUGCCUGGCUUUCCACCCAUUAUGUCCUCACGAGGUCCCUGUACACUAGAUAACCUCAUUAGUCCUCCUAAUUCGCCAGAUGCUAAGAUUUUUCCAGAAGAAAUAACCCCACUUUUGCCAGCUGUCUCUGGAGAGAAAAUUGCUGAAGACCAAACCUGCUAUUUUCUUCAACUACUGUUAAAAUAUAUGGUAAUUCAGGCUGCAAGCUUAGAGUGGAAGAAUAAGGAGAACCAAGACACUGGUUUUAAGUUUCUCUUCACGUUGUUUAGAAAAUACUAUCUGCCUCACUUGUUUCCGUCUUUUACAAAGCUAACCAACCUCUACAAACCUGUUCUUGAUAUUCCUGAUAUAAGACCAAGACCAGUAUACAUUACUGCAACACGAAACAAUGAAAAUGUCUAUAGCACAAAAAUCCCAUAUAUGGCAGCUCGAGUUGUUUUUAUUAAGUGGCUUGUUACCUUCUUUCUUGAAAAUAAAUAUUUAACUGCUGUUCAGAAUACAAAAAAUGGAGGAGAAAUGCUCCCUAAAAUUAUUCAGACUGUUGGUGUUGUAAACCAAGAUAAAAACACAGAGCUGGAAACCAGUAUGUCUUAUGCAAGUGAGCAGGAGAGAAGCCGUUCUAACAGCAGCACCUUGUCCGACAGAAGGCUCAGCAAUUCCAGCCUCUGCAGCAUCGAAGAGCAGCACCGGACUGUCUAUGAGAUGGUGCAGAGAAUACUCUUAUCCACUCGAGGAUAUGUUAACUUUGUUAAUGAGGUGUUUCGACAAGCUUUUUUAUUGCCACCUUCUGAUAUAUCUGCAACACGAAAAGUGGUUAAGGUGUAUCGAAAGUGGAUAUUGCAAGAGAAGCCUGUGUUCAUGGAGGAGCCAGACAAAAAGGAAGACAGUCAGGAUGCUGUUGUCAACUUAGAGGAUUCAUCAGUGCAAACAGAUGGUAAACAUCUUUCCUCUGACCAUUCAGGACAUAAGCGCUCAUCCAGCUGGGGAAGAACAUACUCCUUUACCAGUGCUGUUAACAGAGGAUGUAUAUUAGAAGACGAGGACAAAAAUGUUAAAGCUGGUGCUCAAGCUGCGUUACAGGUAUUCUUGACAAACUCUGCAAAUGUUUUCUUAUUGGAACCGUGCAUUGAAGUCCCUGUGCUUCUGAAGGAGCAAGUUGAUGCUUGCAAAGCAGUUCUGAGUAUCUUUAGGCGCAUGAUAAUGGAACUAUCAAUGAAUAAAAAGACAUGGGAACAGAUGUUACAGAUACUUCUUAGAAUAACAGAAGCUGUGAUGCAGAAGCCAAAAGAAAACCAAAUAAAGGAUACAUUCGCUCAUAGCAUGUCGGGAUUACUUUUCCGAACCCUGAUUGUGGCUUGGAUCAGAGCAAACCUGAGCGUUUACAUUUCUCGGGAGCUGUGGGAUGAGCUGCUCAGUGUUCUGUCUGCCCUGACGGACUGGGAGGAGCUCAUAAACGAGUGGGCCAAUAUCAUGGACUCCCUAACAGUGGUGCUAGCAAGAACCGUAUAUGGGGUGGAAAUGACCAACUUACCCCUGGAUAAGCUCAGUGAACAAAAAGAAAAGAAGCAGAGAGGAAAAGGUGGCAUUUUAGAGCCUCAAAAGACAGCGGUAGUGGGAAGAUCUUUUUCAUUAAGCUGGAAAAGUCAUCCUGAAGUUGUGGAGCCAAUGAGAUUCAGAAGUGCUACGACCUCUGGAGCCCCGGGAGUUGAGAAGGCAAGAAAUAUUGUUCGUCAAAGAGCAACAGCUAAGCGAAGCCAGUCUAUCAGCAACUGUGUUCAUCUUUAUGAGGCUUUGCCAGCUACUAAAAGUGUACCUCUUCUGCUUCACACUGUGAGCUCUCUCUUACCUGGUAUCUCUUACACUUCUUGCUCUCACAGACUGUCAGAAGUUGAAGAAUCUCAACAGCUGGAAAAUUCAACAGAAGCUAUGGGCCUAUUUGCAGACCAAGAGCAGCAGCUAACUCGAAGUAGCAGCACUUCAGAUAUUACAGAUCAGUUUCCAUCUGAUUUUUUUCAAGGUAAAAAGGCUGGGAGUUCUCAUAAUUUAACUUCUUCAGACUCCAGAUCAGUUCAGGAAAAUAAGGGAUAUACAAAGAAGGAACAUGAAGCUGAGCAAGUACUAGUACGAAGAAGCAGUAGUACAGCUGAAUUAGAUUUGAAAGCAGACUUGCAGCAAUCAAAUGGAAAUUAUAGAGAGAGAGAAAAAAGUGAAAGUGUUAGCAGUGACACAUCCAUUGGCUAUAAUAAUGAAGUAGAGAUCGCACUUAUCCCCUGGCAAGCUUCUGAAGAAGACCAUGAAGUUAAUGCAUCAGCAGAUGUUUGUGUGGAUCCUGAUGCACCUCGCUGGCUUCAGCUUAGUCCUUCAGAUACUGCAAAUCUAACAGACAGUAGUGAAUUCCUUGCUGAUGACUGCAGUAUAAUUGCUGGUGGAAGCCUUAUCGGUUGGCAUCCUGAUUCUGCUGCUGUCUUAUGGAGGAGGAUCUUGGGAAUUCUUGGAGAUGUGAACAACAUACAGUCACCUAAAAUCCAUGCAAAAGUUUUUGGGUAUCUUUAUGAGUUGUGGUAUAAACUUGCAAAGAUACGGGACAACCUUGCUAUAAGUGUGGACAAUCAGUCUACUCCCUCUCCUCCUGUCUUAAUUCCUCCUCUCAGAAUAUUUGCAUCAUGGUUGUUCAAGGCAACCACCCUGCCAAAUGAAUAUAAAGAAGGUAAACUUCAGGCAUACAGGCUGAUCUGUGCUAUGAUGACUAGGCGUCAAGAUGUUCUGCCAAAUUCUGAUUUCCUGGUUCAUUUUUAUUUUGUGAUGCACCUUGGCUUAACAAGUGAAGACCAGGAUAUCUUAAAUACUGUCAUAAAGCACUGCCCACCUUGGUUUUUCUUCCUGGGCUUACCUGGCUUUACGAUGCUGAUAGGAGACUUCAUCACUGCAGCAGCCAGGGUUCUGAGCACAGACACGCUGGAGGCUCCCCGUUCAGAAGCUCAUACCAUCCUUGGUUCUCUUGUUUGCUUUCCAAAUAUCUACCAAGAAAUCCCACUCUUGCGGCCCAUUUCAGAAGCCGGUGAUAUCAUCGCAGGAACAGCAGAUGUGAAGUGCUACCUCAUAAAUAUUUUAUUGAAGAACGCUACAGAGGAGCCAAGUGAAGCUGCAAGAUGCAUAGCCAUUUGUGGCCUUGGAGUUUGGAUAUGUGAAGAACUAACGCAGUGCACAAACCAUCCCCAAGUGAAGGAAGCAAUCAAUGUCAUAGGUGUGACACUGAAGUUUUCUAAUAAACUGGUAGCUCAAGUAGCCUGUGAUGUUCUUCAGCUGCUGGUAUCUUAUUGGCAAAAGCUUCAGAAGUACGAAUCCUCUCUGUCCAGAAAAAUUACUGAAAUCCUUGUGGCCACUAUUGCAUUUCUUUUGCCGAGUGCUGAAUACUCCUCUGUGGAAGCAGAUAAAAAGUUUAUAGUUUCACUGCUACUUUGCUUGUUGGAUUGGUGUAUGGCAUUACCCAUGAAAAUGCUGCUGGAGCCGGUGUCUGCUGGUGGUCUUGAAGAUCAGCACACAUCCAAAGCUCCUUUACUGGACUAUAUUUACAGAGUUCUGCACUGUUGUGUGAAUGGCUCCAGCACAUAUACUCAGCAAAGCCAUUACGUGCUGAGUCUGGCGGAUCUCUCGUCCAGUGAUUACGACCCAUUUUUGCCACUGGGGAACGUCAAGAGCUCUGAGCCAGCCCAGUGCCACUCCUCCACGGAUUUGGGCAACCUGCUCACUGUCGCUGAGGAAAAAAGGCGGAGGAACUUAGAAUUGAUACCUUUAACAGCACGGAUGGUUAUGACUCACCUGGUGAAUCACCUGAGCCACUACCCGCUCAGUGGAGGCCCUGCCAUUCUCCACAGUCUCCUUAGCGAGAACCACGACAACUCCUACGUGGAGUCCUCUGAGCUGUCCUCAGAAGUCUUCCGGAGUCCCAACCUGCAGCUCUUCGUGUUUAAUGACAGUACUCUUAUAUCUUACCUCCAAAUCCCCGCAGAGAAGAAGACAGACACUGAACCAGCAGCAGCCCCCUCGGACGUAAGGGUAAUUGUCAGAGAUAUCUCAGGGAAGUACUCUUGGGAUGGCAGAAUAUUGUAUGGACCUUUGGAGGGCUGCCUUCCGCGGCAGAGCGCAACGAACGCGUUUGUGAUCUCAGGCAACUCUGAGCACCACUUCAUUUCCCAGAAAGAGAUUUCUCAGGUGGAAGAAGGAGAAGAUGCUCUCGACCAAUUGCUGGAAAAGAUUGGCAACACCAGUCCUGAAUGCCUUUUACAUCCCCAGCGAAAGCUGAAUGAGCCAUCGCCACCACCCUUCGGUGUGAGCUAUGACCAAGAGAAUGCGAUCACUGAAGCCCUGAUGAGGCAGAGCACCCAGGAGAAAGAGUAUAUAUUUAAAUGCAGCUCAGACUUCAGUAUGAAGGUGGCCCAUCAGGAAGAACCACGUCCUGCUGAACCUCAAGCAUCCUUUUAUUUCUGUCGGCUGUUGCUAAAUGACUUGGGAAUGAACUCCUGGGAUAGAAGAAAAAGCUUUCAUCUUCUUAAGAAAAAUUCAAAAUUACUGCGAGAACUGAAAAAUCUGGAUUCCCGCCAAUGCCGUGAAACUCACAAGAUUGCAGUGUUUUACAUUGCAGAAGGACAGGAGGACAAAUGUUCAAUACUGUCCAAUGCAAGGGGAAGCCAGGCAUAUGAAGACUUUGUUGCUGGUCUGGGCUGGGAGGUUGAUCUUUCAACACACGGUGGGUUUAUGGGCGGCCUUCAGCGCAAUGGCAGCACAGGACAAACGGCACCCUAUUAUGCUACCUCUACCGUGGAAAUAAUUUUUCAUGUGUCUACAAGAAUGCCAUCAGAUUCGGAUGAUUCACUGACCAAAAAGCUUCGUCACUUGGGAAAUGAUGAGGUUCACAUCGUCUGGUCUGAACACACCAGGAACUACCGCAGAGGCAUUAUACCAACAGAUUUUGGAGAUGUUUUAAUUGUUAUUUAUCCAAUGAAGAAUCACAUGUUUUUCAUAGAGAUAAUGAAGAAACCAGAGGUGCCAUUUUUCGGUCCUCUCUUUGAUGGAGCAAUCGUGACUGCAAAGCUCCUGCCAAGCCUCAUAUGUGCCACGUGCAUCAAUGCCAGCAGAGCCGUCAAGUCGCUCAUCCCGCUCUACCAGAGCUUUUAUGAAGAAAGAGCUCUGUAUCUCGAAGCAAUAAUCCAGAACCAUAAAGAAGUAAUGACAUUUGAGGAUUUUGCCGCUCAGGUCUUUUCUCCCUCUCCCAGCUACUCCCUCGGUGGAACUGAUUAGAAUAUGUAAUGGUCUCGUUACGGUAAUUGCUGCAGGCUGCCUCACCACAAGCGCAAGCGCUGACCUUACUGUCACCAUAGGAAUAGAGUUAGCAGACCAGACCUCGCCCACAUUACCACGUGCCUCGAAGAGCAGAGUCUCUGGGAAGCUUCGCCGCUCCGCCAGUGCUCUCAGCAAGUCUUCCAACUGAGGCGCUGCGGGAGCGGCACUCCAGCGGAGGGAACCCAAGAGACCUUAAAACAGAUAAAUUAUUUACUCCGUCUAUAGAACCUGCAAUUUUGGAUGAGCACAUGUUGAAGGGGAUGGGCAAGGGGUUUGCUCUGUAAAAUUGCAGUUCUCGUGUUCAGGCAGACAUGGCCGAUGAUCAGGUAUCACCUGCAUCAUCGUCAUGCAUUUCACUUGAUUGUUUCCGUCACAAAGAGAACGAGGGUGAUGGGAGCUCUCACCGCUGGUGUCGCGUGGGGCUGAUGGCAGCGCACACUUCUCCUCCCCGAGCACCUGUGCACAAGUACUGGUGUUGCAGCAAGAGGACACGAACCAGUACUGAAACCAGUUAUUUAAUGCAACUUUAGAGCAUUGCUUUUAGUCAUUCCGGUCAACACUUAAUUGUGCGUUAGGGAAUUUUGUCUAAAUAGAGGUUUUCAUAUGACUAGCCACGUAACAAAUGUUCCCCUCCUCUGGAGUGCGGGUGAAUGAUGGAGGUGCUUUCCAGCCCGUGGUCAGCCUCUGCUCCCCUUCUGUCAUCUGUGCUCAUCCAGCACCAGUUUUGUGCGUGUAGCUAAGAAUUAGUAAUCAUCAAAGAGGUCAUUUACCCGAAAUUCAGGAGGGUACUGCCAGUUUCACAAAGUGGCAGCACCUGCGUUAAAAUCUGUUUAAUCAUGGCAUCUUGAUCAAGGUCAUACGUCACUACCUGUUGUGUAAAAUCCCGAAGCCAAAGGUGCUCCACCCGCUGCUCGGUCGUGCCCAGUCCAGCACAGCAGAGCAGAGGACCGGGCUCCUCUCCUUAGUGCCCAUCAGGUGCCCGCCUGCAGCAGAGGUGUGAUGACUGGGGCGGCAGCAUCCAGUGCAGGCGUGAGGUACCCGUUAGCGCUACUGCGCCAGCUGGGUUCAACCAUUUACCUUCACGUCUUUGCAUUUAUUUUAGACAGAAGUCCUCUCUCCGCACUGGCUUUGGCUUCGGGAUUGCUGUGUCAUUUGCAAUAGUGCAUGUGAUGGCUGCGUACUGUGAACUACUCACUAGAAAAAUAAAAAUAACCAAAUUCCUUUUUGAAGAGCAAAUGCCGCACGUUUGCCACGACUACUUCUCACCACAGUUUGAAUAAUUAGACAGUACACCUCUUAGGUAACCACCUCACCUUGUCACAACAUCAGGGCAAUAGCCCGCACCCUGAAGCAUCUCUAGUUAGAAUAAAAUAAAUCUGAAGGCUUUUGAGGACGUGCAGCAUCCUCUUGGCACUUUGUGUAGUGAGCAAAUCUUGUAUUUUCAAUAGGAAGUGUGUUUCAGUCUACGUGUAUCGUAGGUUUCUAGGGGUGUUGACUUUUUAUAGCUGAAAGAACCCUGUAUUAUAAAAACAAAAGAAAUCUGAGAGACAUCCUGCAAGUACUCGGUGUGAAUGAGGAUGGCCAGACUGAAAGCAGAAAUCCGUCGAUGCUCCACCAUGAAGGGACUUGUGAGAGACACCACGCGCAGCAGAACGCGAGCCUCCGCCCAACGACUGCUGCAGGACCCGCCAGCGGCCGACGCUGGGGCUGGGCACCACGUUCAGCCUGGGCUUCCCUGGCCCUCCCGGCGCGCGUGGACGAGAAGAGGAGAUGGCUGUAAAGCAAAUAGUAUUGUGUGAACUUUUUUUUUUUUUUUUUGAUGUUUUGAACAUCGGUGUCUGCCCAUUCUCAAGUGUUGUGUCAGACCCCCUCCCGCCUUCCUAACCCUCCUCAGGUCUGGUUCGCAUUGUUGCUUUUUGUUCUGUUUUGGUUUGGUUUGCUACUUGGCAUUCAAACGCACACCUCUAAACUUAACGUGCUUUGGUUUAAGUGAAGGGGAUUUGGUUUUCGGUGAAGCAAAAGGCACCAUCGGGCCACCCUUUUUUUUUUGCACUUCUACUUAGGUGUUAAUGUGAACGUCUCUGUUUGCCUGUCAGCGUCCAGCCCUGUGACCUCCCUGUAAAUACGGGACACCGUUUUAUAAAUAUUGCCAGUAACACUGAGGUAGCUCAGCGCUUUGCUAUGGGCUCUGUGCAGUGGGUUAUUUGGCCCGAGGGGCAGCCAGCUCAGCCCAAGGUGCCGCCGGGCGCCCUUGCUGCCCGGAGCAGGAGCUGGAGGCACUGAGCAUGAACCUGGCUGGCACACCGGGACGUGGGUAACGCAGCCGUCCUGCUGGGAAGGAGCCUCAUUUGCUAAGGGUUUUGACUGCCAUUUUGAUUUUCUGCCUCACAUUUUGGUUUUGCUUUCUACUGAUUGUGUGUCAGUAAAGGAAAUUAGAAAAUGAAAUGUGUAUUUUAAUUUAUUUUAUUUUCAGGACUGGAUAGGCGAGGCUGUCUUGUUCUUAGUUAUCCAAUAAAUGGUCUGAAAUAAUUUCAAAGGCGUUCUUCUGAAUAAAAGGAGACUUUUCUCAUUAGAGCAAUAUAUGUCUCUCAUUCAGGGAGGAAUUAAAACACGGAUGAAAAUAGCAUUUUCCUGAUGUCAAAAACCUAAAAAUAUUAAUUUGUAAAAAUUCAGCUGGUGUUUUGUACUAUGAACUGGAUAACAAAGCUGUUCUGUUACCCCUCACAAACUUAAUAAAUCUUAGCUCACAAGAAAAGUCUUAAAAAGAGCAAUAAAAAGGUACGUACCGGC